CAGCUUCACAUUUCUAGUGCGUUUUUUAGUUUCCAAAUUUGACAUACAUAGUAAACGUGGGCACCAUUAACAACUCUAGAACAUACGCUUGUUUUUUGUUUUUAUAACGACUUUCUUCACUGUAUUCGAAGUAUUCCCUAUUGAAUGGAUAACUCAUUUUUCAGUAAUUAUACUUUAAAUUAUAUAUUAUUUUAUAAAAAUAAGGGCUAAGACGAAUAUUUUAACAAGAGUGAGACACUUAACAACCCGGUUCUCAUUUGUUUUGUUCUUCACAAACAGACGAUAGACUGAGCUCAUUUGACAUAGUCUGAUAGCACAGUCUGUAAUUACUUCUCAUUAAUAAUUAGUAACAUUAUUGUUGUUGGUAAGCUCGAGUAGUAUUUACUUAAAAUAAAUUAAAAGAUUAAACAUCUGUUGAAAGUUAAAAUUUAGUUGAUAUCUGCUUUGUUCAAUGUUAACAGUUAGAAAUUAUAAUUAUAACUAGUUAUAAGUAUAAGUUAUAGCUAACAAAUUAUAAUAUUUAUACUUUAUUCUGAUAGUAUACCUAUGGAUAGAAAAGACUAUGAAUAGUAUGAAAAAAUGAUAUUUAGUAUGAGGGUAUGUACUCAUACCUAAAAUGAGUAUGGCUAAAGUCUAGAACUAGAAUAACCUAUUAAAAUUCCGGCUAAAACUCCUUUGAUUUCAUUUGGUUAGGGGUCUUCUUUGUAUAUUCGAAUUUAACUUUAUAUUUUUAAUUCUUCACCAUCCUGACUCAUCCUGUUUGCUAGUAUGCCUAGUUGCAUUUUCAUUAUGUAUAUGGGAGAAGACUAAACUAUUAUCGUCAGGAGUAUGCAAUAUACCUUUUUCUUUUAACAAUUGAAAUUGAAUGGCUUAGUAAAGUAAAGUACUAGUAGAUUUCAUCAUAUAACAUUAUCAUUAUUUUUAAAAAGUCAGUGGGAUUAUGGCCAAGGCCUCUGAUGCCUCAAAUGCCUAUUAUUAAAAUUUAUAGUAUUAAAUUUAAGUUUGCCAAGUUCUUGACAUUAUUAGUAAUAUCCAGCUCCACUUCAGCAACACAUGUGUGAUGUGUUCGUCCUCCAAAAAACUACGAAGUGUCUACCUGUCCGGCGACCGGACAAAUAAAUUCUCGAGAUAUUCGUCCGGCCACCAGGUCACAUGACCACCGUAACAAAGUUGGGCGAGAUAUCUGUCCAUCAGCCUUGUCACGUGACCUCUAAUAGUCUAUCAUAAAACUGGCGUCGGAAAUAAGUCGGGGGGGGGGGGGGGCAAUGAAUACUAAAAGGGAAAAAUACUGGGGGGGGGAAAGGAUAAAAAUGAAAGGGAGGGGGAUAAAUAAUUAAGACUGGGAGGUCGAAAGCUCACAAAGAAAUAGACAAUAUAUGACCACCGUAACAAAGUUGGGCGAGAUAUCUGUCCAUCAGCCUUGUCACGUGACCUCUAAUAGUCUAACAAAAAACGGGCGUGGGAAAUAAGUCGGGGGGGGGGGAGGCAAUGAAUACUAAAAGUGAAUAAUACUGUGAGUGAGAAAGGAUAAAAAUGAUAGUGAGGGUGAUAAAUAAUUAAGACUGGGAGGUCGAAAGCUCACAAAGAAAUAGACCAUACAUCUUUAUAUAGGGCCAAUUUAGUGUGCUGUUGGGGUAGCCACUUCUCACGCAUUUUAAUAGCCUAAAAUAAGCCUUUUUUGACUGUCAAGUGGCAAGUAUUGGUCUUAUUUUCUUUGGUUCAUAUUUUAAAUUUAGGCUACUAGGUAGAGGUUUAUAAGAUAUUUUAACCAAGAUAACAGUAUAUUUUUUUUAAAAAGUGUCUAUUGGUUGUCCCGCCAUCAAAACAAAAUCAGAGCUUUAAAAACCCGCAAUCAAUGACUAUGAUGCUGGCGAAAUAUUGCCUCGUUCAUUUGUGACUAAUUCAUACUAGUGACAACACCUUUGCACUAAUUGUAAAGUCUUAACACUGUUUUAACACUGUUUGCUGCAGCCUUCCUCAUGCUCAGAUUUGGCUAUAUUGCUUGUUACGCACUGGCUUCUAUCGUGAGAAAUUAAUCUCCUAUUUAAUUUUAUGGCUCGUUCAAACAGUGCCUAACAAAGGACGAUACCAUAGAGAAAUACAAUAACAAAAAUAUGAUACCCAAAACAGUACCAAUUACAAUUAAUAAGAUUUAAUUUAAUAAUAAUACAAUAACAAAACAAAAGAAAUAUAAUUACAAAUCAUCAACUUAAGUAUGGUAGAUCUUUUACCAAUAGCUCUCUAGAAGCUACUGGUAGUGGAGUACCAAUAGCUCUCUAGAAGCUACUGGUAGUGAAGUACCAAUAGCUCUCUAGAAGCUACUGGUAGUGGAGUACCAAUAGCUCUCUAGAAGCAACUGGUAGUUUACUACAAAUAGCUCCCUAUAAUAGUUUACUACCAAUAGCCACAGCCAUUUUCUUUUUGUUGAAUUUUACGGGUGACCUCUUGUCACAUGGCAUGUCUGCCGGAAUAAUAACACAUACUAGUCAUCCGGAGGGCAUGUCACAUGCCCGCCGGAAAAAUAUCUCCCGGUCGCCGGACGUGUAGACACUGCCAAAAAACUAUACUCAACUUUAGUCCUAGGAUUGACUAAUGGGAUAGCAGCCUAGUUGUAUUGCUAAACUUAUUGUUUUUUUAGCCUAGCCAAGGGGUUGAUUUGUUAACAAAAUACAUGUCAUAUGAAUCAAGAUCUUUGCCUUUGCACCAUUUUAUUCAUAACCAGUCAGUUAUUAACGUUUUGUUGAUUGGCCUUCUAAUUAGAAUGUUUAUGUUUAAUGAAACGCUUACAGCACAUGUAUCAAAUAAGUAAAUAAUGGUUUAAUCAAAUAGUCACACCAUAUAAUCAGUUUAAGGUUGGUGUCAUUAAUGCAUAGACAAUUUAUAAGACCAUUAUUAAUCAGUAUUUAGAUUUAUCACUAUUGAAUCUUGUAUUAGACGUAGCUAAAGAGCUAAAACUAAACGUUCUCUGUGUCUUUUAUCUAGAUCCUUUUGCUGACACUGGUGAAGGUGUGGGCGGUUCACCUGGCAUCCAGGGUUCUCUCAUACACAUACGUAUUCAACAGAGAAAUGGCCGCAAAACAUUAACGACAGUCCAAGGGGUUGAUCCCAAAUAUGACUUCAAAAAGAUUGUAAAAGCGGCCAAAAAGGUUACAAUUUCACUAGGAUAAAAUUUGUUCUUUAGUUUUGCAAUAAUAUUAAGUUACCGUACAUCAGAUCGAUAAAUUUGCUAAACAUAUUCGGAUACUUAAAUUUUUAAUUUUUUUUUCAAAGAUUUUUAAAGAUCAUUCACUGGCGUUAUAAAAUUGUCCCUUUUUUUAAAAUAUUUUAUUUAUUUGAAAUUCUGAAUCUGGUAUAGAUUUAAUUUAAUUUUAAAACUAAUUUAUUCUGUUGUAGGAGUUUGCUUGCAAUGGUACAGUUGUGGAACACCCAGAAUAUGGAGAAGUUAUUCAGCUUCAAGGAGAUCAGCGUGAACACAUUCGAAGUCUGCUAAUUAAAGUGGGCAUUGCUACAAAUGAGCAAAUAAAGGUGAUUUUAUUUAUCAUUAGUAUCUAAUACCCGGGUAUUGAGAAACAAUCAUUUGGUCAUUUUAUUUUUAAUUUGACAUUUUAACACUACAUCAUAUCCGCAUAGCACAUAGAGUUUUAAAACAAAAACUUUCUAUCCCAAUGACUUUUCCCCCCAUGCCCUGAAAAGAAAAGGUUAUGACACUUUUAACUUAAUAUUUGGUCAAGUUGGACGAUACAUUACAUUUAACUUCUGUAUUGCUACAGCUAGUAUAAUUAACAGAUGAAUCAUCUAAAUAGCUAUCAAAAUCAUCACCUCAGCCAAUUUUUUAUACAAUAACUAUUAAUCAGUGUAAAAUUGCACUAGGUACAGUACAUCUUUAUUUUACAUUUUAAUCUUUCUAUUUACAAGAAAAAGUGGGCUUUAGUUGAUAUGGCCUUGAUAUUGUGUCCCGAAAUUUGUUAAAUGGAGAUUUAUUUAUUUAUACUUAUACCUUUAAAUGUUUUUUAAGAGAAGGUGCCAGUGAGAAAUUGGAAGAUAUAAACUUUAUAAUGAUAUGUUUGUUUUUUUUUCAUCCAUUAUUUUGAAUAAAUUUCAGGUAACCCCUAGAUCUUUUUUCAUUAUUAAAGUUCAGAUGAUAGAAAUUAAACAUGCAUUUCAAACUCUUUUAAUGCAUAUUAAGAUUCUUUAUAUAAAAAGGGGGGGGGUGGGCAGGAGAGAGAAACCUAUUGAAAUUGGUAUAGAAACUCAUGUAUGAAAGUCUGAAUCUCACUCCAUGAAAUAGUUCUAGUACUGUGAUUGUUGAUGCUGAUGGUUUUAGUUAUAGUAGUGACUUAUGUGAAGUGAAAACAUUUGGCAUUGAGAUGUAUCAGGUGUACUGUUCAACUAACUUGAACAUGGUACACGGAAUCAUCUUGCAUGAUCAUGAGCAUCUACUAAAGUCAUACCCAGGGGUAUUUUAUGUUUAAGGAUGCCAAGCCCCCUUUUUUUAGUUUUGCUUUGACAAUAAUUUUGAGACAUUAAUAUUAGAUCUGACAGCUUUUAAAAAUAUUGCACUAAUUUAAAAAAAUGUCUAUCAAGCAUUUUCAAAGACUUAUUUUAAAAUAUAUCUUUAAAGUUUUUCACUUUAUAAAAAAAAUUAUACUGCUGCUUCUACUACUAGCUUUGCUAUGCUAGUUGAAUGAUUUGUGUUUCCACUAAAGUUCUUUUUUUUUUUUUUAAACAGGUUCAUGGUUUCUAAUUGACUUACCUCAAUGUACUUGAUUGGCCUUAGCAGUUCAAGAAACUUAUUGACUAUUCAGUUCAGUCUUCUGUGAUGUAUUGGCAGUGAGAAUGUGGACAUUUUUAAGGUGUAAAAUUUAAAUGUGCAAUCAGAUAUUAGUUGUUGAGUCAGGUUCUAUUCCUUUGUUUUUGGCAAAGUGGUAUGUAUAUUCAUUAAGUUAUUCUUAGUCAAGAAUUUCAGAAUAAAAAAAUUCAGUUUUCCGUGUAAUUGAAAAAGUAGUUUAACUUGAAUAUGUACUCUUUGUAUUUUUCUCAAAAAAUACUGUACUGUUUAAGGGAAAAUAUUAUAUGGGAGAUCGCUUUAUAUUAGCAAUGUUUAGAAAUGUGUUAUGUACCACGCUCUAAAUAAAAAUUAUUAUUUUAUUCUUCCUAUUUUAACACCGUACAGUAAAUUUAUGGAAACAAAAAGUUAGUAUUUAAAUUUAACUGUUUUGUCAGAAUUGAUAAUAUUCAGUGAGCACAUUAGAAUUAAAUAAGUAUAAGAGGAAAGACGUUCAAGAUGUUAAUGGAAUUCUUAUAUUAGGCCUUAUGUUGAUCAUAAAAUUUAAUAUUACUGACAACAUAUAUUAGUUAUAUUAGUAUUAUCCCCCUGCCCAAUUCUAUAGAACAGAAAAUCAAAUCAAAAAGUGUUUACAAUCUUUUAAACAUCAUUUGCUUUGUUCUUUUCAUCAAACAGAAAGUGAACACUGCAAAUUAUGUUUUUGAAUCUGUUUUUAUGCUGAGAUUUUAAAAGAGUGCUAAGUUUACUGCUGUAUGAAAAACCUUAUUUUUGACUCAAUGACAAUUUGAUGCUUUUGUAGCAAACCAUAUUUUGUAUUCAAUAAGUACUUAUUCCAAAAUUGUGUCUAAAGCCAGAUAGGUCAAGAGUAAAUAUUGCAGUUAAUCCUGUUCCUAUUCUUUUUUGAAAACUUCUUGAAAUAAAAAGUUUUGAAAUUUUUAAACAUAAUACUGUGUAGUCAUGUGUAAAUUUGUUCAAAAUUUGCAGUAAAUUGUUUUACUUCACUAUAAUGAAUACUAUGAUGUGAGAUAGGUUUUAUCUAUCUCCAUUACUUACUGUAAGAUAAAUUUUUGUAUUUCCAUGUAUAGUGAAGCUGAUUUCACAUGGUAACCUUCAUUCUGCCAGUACACAAGUUGGUGAAAAGUCAAACCUGGGAAUUUUUGUUAAGGUCUGCUCACAAUUUGUUUGCAUCUACUUGAGAUGUUUGGCAGUUCUAGUUUGAUGGUUUCAGUGUGUUAUCAAUAAACAUUUGCAAAACCUUUUCUGAAGUUUGGUCUCCGAUUGUCUGGUAGUUGACAUUACUUUUUAAUUUUUUUGAUUCGAAGGAUAUUAAUAUUAUUUUGUUUCUUUAAUGCAUGACCUUUGAUAUACAGGUAAUUGGUCAGAUGCAAAAUUCAAUUUCAAUCAUUAUACAGUACUAAUUAUUGUUAGAUUUUUUUUGAUGGUCUCUAAUAACUAACAUGGAAAAGUUGUUCAGAAGAUAUACAUUUUCCCAAGGUUUGUUAUGAUGGUCUUUUAAAGUUGGGUCUAAGAAUUUAACCACACCCACAUCAACAGGUCAAGUUAUUUUUAAAAAAACGCUAUAGCAAUUUUAAGUUGUAUCCAUUAUGCUUUAAUAUUUUUUUUAAAUACUUUCUUUUUUUUCUUUUUUUUUAAAACAAAAUAAUUCUUUUAAGGACAGAUAUUUAAAAAAAAAAACAUUUAAAAGUAUAAAAUUCAAGUGGAUAAACAACAUAGCAGCCUAAAUGUACAAAUGUUUAAAAUGUGUUAAUGGUUCAAUAAACAUCAUUCAAGCUGCAAUCACCAGGAGCAUACAGUAACACCACAGACAAGAAACUUUAGGACCAAAAUCUAAUUAUUACUACAGGAGUGUUCUCCUAAAUUUAAUCAAUUCGUGUUGGUAUGGUACUGAACUUUUGAAGGAGGUUUAAUGUUUGCCUACCUAAGACAAUACUAAAAGUUGUGACCAAAAGAAACAGUGGGGCUGUAUAUAGUCAUCAAUUAACAUUUAUUAUUAUUUAGCAGCUGAAAAAAAUAUUUAAAAAAUGUAAAUCAAUUUCAAAACUGGGUUGGGUUGCUUCCUUUUCUCUGGAAAAUAAAUUAAGUGCGGAAGUAGCACUGCCAGAGGGAAUGAGUUAACUAUUGUUUGACAUUUCCAAAUAUGUCAUUCAUGAGUUAACUUCUGACUGGUAAUAAUUUACUGUUGCAAUGUUUAGGGUUUAUAGGAAUAUUUUUUAGUUUGAAAUCAUCAACUGAUAGCUGUUUCUUCCUUAAAUAAAAAGGCAUAAAAACAGUUAUUUAACAAUUAAAAAUAGACGCUGAGGUACACAAAUAAACAAAUUUUAAGUCUUCAUCCUGGUAAAAUUAAACUCAUUUAAACUUUUGUUCACACUGCAGACUACAGAAAAUUUUACAAACUGGUCAUUUAAUGACAUCACAAAGUAAAGCAACUAACAAAAAGACAUGUAAAAAAUAUAGAAAGAGAAAAAUACAUCCCAGAAGGAGACUUUGUCAUUCAUUAAAGUAUUAACUGAUAUAAAACUACUGAUAGAUUGUGUUUAAUUUAAUAAUCCAUUUGUUUGUGUUGUCUAAUUUAAUACUUUUCCAACACAUAUUCUAUUAUUUGUAAUAGUUAUUGUUUUGUUAUUAAGUUGUAAAUCAAAUUUUACACUGCAAUGAUUGAGAUGAUACAGAUUAUUGACUUAAUUUUAAUAAAGCAGUACCGGGAGUAAAUAAAUUGUAUUGUAAAAGAAAAGAGCUUGGAUAGCUCUUAAUAAAUUUGUUUCAAGAAAGUAUGACCAAAAAAAAAAAAUUGUUUUUUUAAAGAUAUGUUUUUUUAAAAUUAAAAAUGGCCUUCAUUGUGAUUAUCUUUUAGGGGAAAGUUAAAAUACUUAUUUGAAUGUCAAUAUUUUAAUUAACUCUUAGAGAAAAUAUGAAUUCAAAUAUUUAAUUAAUUCUUACUUGGAGAAAAUAUGAAUUCAAAUAUUUUAAUUAACUAUUAGAGAAAGUAUGAAUUCAAAAUUUUAGAAAAUAAUAUUGGCCACUCUAAAUUAGAAGCUGAUAAAAUCCAUUAAUAUCUUUUUUUUUAUAUUAUGCACAUUUAUUUAUUAUAAAUGAUAUUUGGUACCUUGGAGUAUAAUUAAUAAUUCAAUAAUAAUGAUGGCGCCCUAUUGUCCAUUAAACUAUUCAGAGAAAGUACAAUGUUACCUUUCUACUGUUUAACAGUGUUUGUUUACUGUAUAUUUUCUUUAUUGUGUUUACAAAUGUCCCAAGCAAAAACUGUGAGCUUGCAGAGCUGGCAACAGUUGCACUUUCCAAGGUACCAGUAUUCAUUGACUUGAUGGACUUUUAGAAACGUUUCCUUAUCUUACAAUACACUUAUUUAAAAAACCUAAGAGCUAAAAAGGUGGGUUGGCUAGAUGAAAAAAUAACCAUUAAUAUAGUUAAGCUGAAAAGGGAUGCAUUUAUACCUGGUCUUUUGUCCCAUUGUUUUUCUCAAUUUCUAUUAAUGCUAAAUUUGCUAGUUUAAUGUUUGUUCUUUAACAGUCCUUUGUUCUUGAAUCACAGUUUCUGGCAAAGUUAACCUGGCUUAUUAAAUUUUUAAUUCCAGUAACAAGUAAGAGAACUGAAUAUCUGCAUUUGUCCUCACAACAAAAUUAUUAAAAAAAAACAGUUUUCUCACAUCAAUAAAAAAUAAUCCAGAAUAAAGAAAACAAGGAUGACAAUAAUAAUAAUAGUAUUGAUAAAGAAAACAAGGAUGACAAUAAUAGUAUUGAUAGAAAAAAUGAAUAAACAUUUUCAUUACAAGAUGGGAUGUAAUGGUACCUGAAAAUAUUAUCCUUUAUAUGCUAUUUCAUAAAUGAAAUGUAGAAAAUCCUCUUUGGUGAACAAGAAUACAUUGUAGACUUUCAAAAUACUGCAUGUACGGGAAAAAAAGGAGGAUUCAUUUUUUUAAUAGUUUUAUAAAUCAUAUCAGAAAAUAUACACACAGUUAAACAUCAAACCCACCCAUCGGAAAUAGGGACAUGUGCGUGAAAUAUGUAAACAAGAGUAACAGCAUUUUAACAAAAUGAAAAUAAAAAAUAAGUCACACAUGAGAUGCAUCUCUAAUUUGUUAACCCCAUGGUAAACUUUGUUUCUCUGCUCAGAAAGUUUACAAUGCUCCUUUUUUUGUGGUAAUAAUUAAUUAUAGAUGUUAUUUCUCUGUGUCUUUGUCACACAUUUCAAUCAGAAUUUCAAUUAGAAUGACGUUUCAAUUUGGUGCCUUGUUUUCUAGAAUAAUCUGUGUACUGUACUAGAACUGGAAGGUGAGAUUGGAAUACCAUGCCAGAAAUACCUUUUUUUUUGGUUGUGUAUUGAAAAAAAUCAAAGAGUUGAUAGUUGAUUUUUUUUUCCUUAAAAAAAAAAAGUAAGGAGAAGUAACACUUUCAAAUGUAAUAUGCUAACAAAAUAAUUUUAAAAUAGAAAGCAGUUUUUCAAAGUUUCUUUGUUCAAUCACUGCCUAAGGUACAUUUAAAGAAGAAAACUCCAAGUAGAUUUUAUCAUGAGUAACUUCUAGAAGAGUUGGCCUACAGGUAUCUUUAAAUGUUAGCCACAACUUAUUUUAUAACAUGAAACUAUGAACAAAAGUUUGGCAUAAAAUAAGGAGAGUAAAAACAAGAUCAUUUUUGAUACAGAGGAAAAAAAGAAAUGAGUUAAAAUCUUAUAUACAAGGAUAGCAAUCAAAAUAUAAUAUAACAAAAUAAAAAUAGAAAUCUUUAUGUAAUCUAAUUGUUUCCAAAAACAAAAACCUGAAAAGAAAGAUCCUGAACACAUAGUCAUUGUCAUUUUUGCCCAUUGUUAAUUUAAAACAAAAUUUCAAACUUCAUCUUCAAUGCAUAUUAAUUAUAAUGCAAACUUUAACCUAUUAGAUCAUUUCAUCCAGCAGCAAAAUUUGGGGUCAGAAAUCUGAGACAAUCACUGCAAAGCAUUUUAAAGUAUUUCAAAAAAAUUAUUAUUUUAAGCUACUGCAAUAAAAAAUCAUUUGUUUACAAGUUUGGCUGAAGUGAAUACAAGAUCUUUCAUCUGUUCCAUAGAUGUUCUCACAAUAUGCUUUCCCGAUUUAUUAUAUUUGUGGAGAAAAGAAGAUGGAAAGUGGGGGGUGGGGAAUGAAGCAAAAUAAAGAUGUCAUUUUCUUUUUCUAUAGCGGAAAGAUGUUUCAUUGAGUUAACGGUCUGUAUGUAUAAAUGUAGACCAGGUACAUUAAAAUAUGACAAAUUAUUUGUUCAAAGAACUAUUUAAUAAUAAAAGUCUUGUCAUUAGCUGCUGAGGAUGCUGUUCUUUUAACCCCAGACUUAAAAACAUUCUGAUCUAUGACAGUUGCUGAAUCUAAAAAUAAUAUCUAUAAAAUACAAGAUCUGUUCGACUCUGUGGUACAGCAAUUGGUGCAGAAGUAGUUAAUGAAGCACUUCCUAAAGUAUUAAAGCACAGAGUUACCUCCAGAUGCUUGCAUUAAAGGUAUUUUUAAAAGAGUUCCUAUCAGUGAGGAUCAAAACAUUUGGAAUGCUGCAAAGCAAAAGUGACAUAAUUAUGAAGGCUGAGAAUUUCUUAUCAAUUGGUUUUCAUUUUGGCUUCCAAAGAAAUUAAGUCAAGUUACCCAAAUCAAAUGUAAAAAUAAGUAAAUAACAAAGCUAUGAAUAACUUCCAUUGAAUUGGUCGGCUUUGUUUGGACAUUUGGCACCAGUUGUUCAUCAAGUAAGAAAUAUAAAGAUAUUUUUGGCAUCAACUUUGACAAGGUUUCACUAACUAGCUAAACAAUUAUAUUUUGGCACCAAACAAAGAAUAAUGAAGUUAAAAGCAACAAAAAUGUUUAAAAAUAUAAGAAAGUACUUUUUUUUAAACAGAGAAUAGCAUUUCGAGAUGAAGAGAAAGCUUUUUGUCAGGGAAAAUUUUGAAAAAUGGAUGUUCCACGUUUAAAUAUAUUUUUUAAAAUUUGUCUUGUAAAAAGGAACUGAGACAAUCAGAGAUCAAACAAUCUUCAUGUUCUAGUUCAGAUGUAGGUUUUCAUCCCAUCCAGUGAUGAAAAUUUUUAAUCAGUGAAAACAGUUUGAAGUCAAAUAUCUUUGACUAAAUUCUGGAUAUCUUUUAAAGCUAAAAAGUCUGUCAUGUUCAAAUGUGCAUACAGCCUUGUCAAAGGUAGCAACAAUUAUUUUAAACAAUCAAUCCAAAAUAAACAUCGUUUUACCACUGCAUUAAAAAAAAGACCAUAAAAGAAGCAUUACAGAGUUACAAUGUACUGGUCUUCAAGAAGCUGUGACUAAAAAAGUUAACAGUAUUUUGAAAAUAAAUAAAAAAUUUGUGAACAAUUUGAAAAACAAUGUUUCUAUAAUGUAAUAAUACAGAUUACUUAUACAUAUACUAAAAUUCACCAUAAGAACUAAACCCUCCUUUGAUCCUCAUCGAUAUCCUGAAAAACAUCAACAAUGCAGUGCUGACACAGAGAUCCAGCAGAAAAAAAAAACAUGUAAGGUUCAGGGGAGCAAACUAUGAUUUCCUACCAUUAAUAAUGGAGGUAAUAAAUGUUGUGAAUUUUAUACAAAUGUUCACAAGGCAUAAGAUUGAGUCUGGGUGACACCAUCUGCACACACCGCCCAGAGGAGCAUCCUUUUCACUAUAACUCCAAAAGCUGACAACAACAAAAUUCAAUAACAAGCAAAAGGUAAUGUGAAGAAUACACAAAAAUCAUAAAACUUAAUUUGACAUUUCAAAGCCACCAUUCUCAGUGUUCUAGGAGGGAGGUACCUUUCAAAAUAAUAAGACAAGCUCCAAAACAAUAGCAGCAUUUGGGUCACAAAAGGAAACAGAGCCUCACUCUGAGAUAUUACAUCACAAUUACAUAUUCAGUAGUCAAGCUCAUUGCAUAUGUCAGAAAGUGAAAAAACAUAAUCUCCAACCCUUCAAAGUUGGUUAGGGACAAGUUGAAAUAGCAUCGUAUUUGACACAUGACAUGAAAAAGCAUCAUAUUUGAUACAUGACAUGACAUAGCAUCAUAUUUGAUACAAGAUAUGAAAUCUGUCUGAGAAAUCAAGAGCCUAUGUGUUUCCAGAGCUAACACUUGAAUAUGUCAGUCCACACUUAAGCAUAGGAUCAGGCUAGGUGCAAUGAGGAUAUCAUAACAUUAGAUAUUAGUGAGGCAUGGACUGGUGUCAAGUCUAAAUGAUUUUAAAAUAUAUUUUUUUUAUUUACACGCAUUCCAGUAAUCAAAAUUAAGUCUCUGCUUAUGAUUGAGUCAAAAUGUCUGUACCGGGUACAAAGUACAAUGAUCCAAAAUCAGCAACAAAGUUGGUUGGGAUGCUUUCUGAAUAUUUUUUUUUUUUAAAGCCAGUGCUAACCCUAGCACGAGAAUCUGCAACAUUUUUUAUAGAUUUUUAUCUGCUAAGAAAAUGUUUUGGGAGCUGAAGACGGGUGGAGUGUUUAAAUGGAGCCAAACACAGGGGUGGAGUGUUUAAAUGGAGCCAAACACAGGGGUGGAGUGUUUAAAUGGAGCCAAACACAGGGGUGGAGUGUUUAAAUGGAGCCCAACAUGGGGGUGGAGUGUUUAAAUGGAGCCAAACACAGGGUUGGAGUGUUUAAAUGGAGCCAAACACAGGGUUGGAGUGUUUAAAUGGAGCCAAACAGGAGUUUGAGUGUUUAAAUGGAGCCCAACACAGGGGUGGAGUGUUUAAAUGGAGGCAAACAGGAGUUAGAGUGUUUAAAUGGAGCCCAACACAGGGGUGGAGUGUUUAAAUAUCAUA